UUCUUUUUAUUUUCACUUCCCACCAAUUCCCCUUUUCUUCUCUCUCUCUCUCCUUUCUUUAAAAUCCCUUUUACUUUUUCUUCACUUCAUUUUCAUGGCUUCCACUCGCGAAGGUCACUACAGAGGCGUCCGAAAGCGUCCAUGGGGUCGCUACGCCGCCGAAAUACGCGACCCUUGGAAGAAAACCCGUGUUUGGUUAGGCACUUUCGAUACUCCUGAAGAAGCCGCCCUUGCCUACGACGGCGCCGCCCGUUCCCUCCGCGGCUCCAAAGCUAAAACCAACUUCCCUCCUCCCCUCCCUGGUCUCUCCCUCGACCUCAACGUCUCCGGACCUUGGCCCACACCUACCUCUGCACCCCCUUGUUCAUCCUCCUCCUCCUCCCCCUCCCCCUCCUCCACUCGUUUUCUCCUCGGCGAUUUCCUCCGUCACGGCGUCAGAAACGAUAUAUGUAAUCUCAAUGUGGAUGCCUCUCCGGUUCUUGUGGACUCAAGCGCUUCGGGUUCUUCCACCGCUUCGGCGUCGUUUAUUGGUCACGUCCGACGUGGCCUCCCUUUUGAUCUCAACGAGCCUCCACCGGUGUGGCUAUGAUUCAUUCAACAAACCAACCGGCGUUUUUUACGGACAUCAUUUUCUCAUUUUCCCUUUUCAUUUUUCAUUUUUAUUAUUAACCGUCUUCUGUAUCCACUUUUUCCACCCCCCAGAUUUAAAGAUAAAAUAUAUAAUAUAUAUAUGUGUAAAUACAAGUUUUGGUGGAUAUUAUUGAUUGGUCUCUUCCACA